AUGGCGAGCACCGUCGACCGCAUUGGCAUGCUUGACCAGCCAAUCUACACUUUGACGAAAUGCUUCUGCCUGUGGAAGGCCGUCUUAUUGCUUAUUGUCCUCGCUAGCCCAGGGCCGGGAUACGACACGUCAACGGCUUUGCUUCUCUCGUCCGACGGAGAAGGUCCCGGUAAUCCGGGACCCGGCAGUAUGGCAUGGCUAAUAUCGCACAUUGGUCUCCGGUUAGCGAGAUGGGAUUCUAUCUACUUCUUGAAGAUCGCACAGAGGGGGUAUUUGUUCGAGCAAGAGUGGGCGUUUGGAUAUGGGUAUACAAAGUUUCUAUCAUUCCUGCUUCCUGAAUCGCUAAGGAGCCUGCAGAACCUUGCUGUGACUGGAGUGCUUCUUUCAAAUCUCUGCCAUUAUCUAUCAGUCUUGGUGCUCUACAGGCUCUCCCAAGCUACAUUUAACAGUAGCAGGAAGAAUUACAAUGUAGUCCCAUUUUUGGCAGCCGCACUGCAUAUCGUGACUCCUGCUGGAGCAUUCAUAUCUGCACCCAACGGAGAAGCUACAUUUUCGUUUCUCAAUUUCUUGGGUUACUAUGUCUUUAUUACGGCGCUCAAUGAUGAGCGUCAAAGCAGUUAUUUUCUGAGGGACUUGAAGUUCCUCUUUGCUGGCGCAUUUUUUGCUGCUGCCACCACUGUUCGAAGCAAUGGUCUGCUCAGUGGCCUGCUAUUUGUAUAUGAUGCAGUGUCUGGACUGCAUCAGAUAAUUACACAUGGCCCGUCGUGGCAUAUUAUACGGCGUCUGGCUAUGGUAUGUACUGGUGGUAGCCUGAUUCUGAUAGGUAUUGUUGGGCCGCAAUAUGUUGCAUAUAAGGACUUCUGUCUUGCUCGGAACCCGCGUCCAUGGUGCAAUCGUCUAUUUCCAAGUAUCUAUGCGUGGGUUCAAUCCUAUUACUGGUAA